AUGUCGUUAAAUGCAUCUUCGGAGGAACCGGCAACGUCAACCCCAUCAAAAUCAACAAGUUCAAAAGAUGAAGUGAAUCCGGACACAGCAAUAUCUUACCGGACUAUUCCCCAUGGUCUCACAUACAAGCACGAAACACGUCACCAUUCGUCUUAUAGGCGUCAUUCGACUUCACCAAAGCGUACAUCGUCGACUGUUGAGCUGAAAAGACAUCCUUUGACGUGUGUGAAAGACACAAACUACAAAAAACUGGACAUAGUGGGCGCCAAGCACGAUUUGACGUCUAUUCUCACAACAGUGGACAAAAACAAGAACAAGGAGAAUGGCAAGAACGACAAGAGGGACCAGGGGGUGGGCAGCGACGCGGAAAGCGACGCGUCAGUGCAUAUUAGCACCGGAGAUUUAACUGAAGACGGAUCUCCAAGGAGUAUUUUCCCCGUUCCAUCUCUUGCAAAUAGCCAAGGACCGGACGAUAUUGAAUCUUCGCCUGUGAACAGCCACCAGGACCGUGUUGUGAAGAAAAAGCAGAGCAUAAAGAUGAGCCGGAAACGAAAUGCGAUCUCUGUUUCUGUUUCCGACAGCAAACGGCAACAUUUUGGUGAUUGCAAUGCAGACGAAGAGGGAUCAAAGCUCCCUCUGAUCGAGUAUCACCGGCGAAACUCGACAUCCUCGUACCGCACACCAGUCCGGCAUGAUUUUUACUCCGGAAAUAGCACUAAAAAGGCCCCAUCAAGAACACAUCGAAGCAGGGUGAUAGAUGAGUCAAAGAUUCACCAAGAUGGGGAUACAAACCCGGCAUUGGACCCUGAUAACAGUCCGCUUGCCAAUGUGAGCCAGGGCAGUAUUGUAGACCAGAAGAUUGAGGGUGAGACGGAGGUGUUUGACCAGCUUAAAAAAGCGACAAAAUCGAAUAUCCACGAGCUUGAUGCGGGCGGUGCUAAGGAGUCGGAUUUGCGGGAAGCGGACUCCGACACGGACGGCCAAAUGUCCGACGACAGCGAUGAUAGCAAUUUGCGAAUGUCUCCGGUCCGUUUUAACAGCAAGGCACUUUCUCCGCUUUCCAAAGAGAGUGUGAAUGUUGAUUCGACCGAGCAAGACAGUGUGCUUUUAGCCUUGGACGAGAAAGAGAGGAAGUUGGAGAAAGAGAGACAGCUUGAAGAUGCUGCCAGUGCAAAAGAUGAGGAAGUGAGGCAAUCUGGCAAUGUAAAAGGUGCAAAAAGGCCGAUUUUCACGUCGGACCAAGUCCAGGAAAUCAGAAACAGUUUUGAAAGUGUGGUUUCCGGGCUGCAGGAAUCCUUGAAGCAGAAAUCCAAGCGGUGCAGUCUGCUUGAGAAGAAUUUGAGUGGGUUGAAACUGGAAGUUGUUGAUGCAAAAUCGAAAAUGGAGCAGGCGGAGUCGGAGAAAACGCAACUUGAGGCCACAGUUAAGACUCUUAGGGUUGAAUCUUCGUCGGCCACGGAGUAUGCAGCAAACUCCGACAGGCGGUGUAAUGUGGCUGACCAUAAACUCCGGGUUUGUGAGUCCAGACUUGCCAGGUACAAGGAGUUGUAUGUGGAGCUGAUGGGAGCGGCGAAAAACCUUGAGAAAGAGGUUUCGAAAGAGAAGAAGACAGUUUCUCAAUUGAAGCGGAAGCUAACGGAGAUGAAACAAAAGUUUGAGCGAGACCAGGCGGGCAAGUCGGAGCUUCAGUCAUCGUUAGAGCUCAAAAAUGCAGAAGUGAAGAGUCUUUUGGAGGAGAAAUCGGAGAAUGAGGUGAUGAUAAGAAAUCUCAAACGCAUAAAUGACGAGAGUGACUCCGAGCUAAAAAAGCUUAAGGCGAGACUAAAUGCUACAAAGGAGAAGCUUGAAGAUCUCAGGAAGAGAAAUGACAGCAUAUCGACACAGAUGGCUGAUUCUGCGAAGCAGAUAAAGGAAAAAGCGGCCAAGCUGGAACAAAUGAAGAAGGAGAGAGACUCGGCAUUGGCAAAUUUGACCAGUCUGAAGACCAGGAUGCAGAAUGUUGAAACGAGCAACAGCAAAUUGCUGCUAGAGAAGAAGGCUGCAGACAGCAAGAUAAGCAAAGCCCAGAGAGAGUUGGAUGAGUUGGAUAAGAAGUAUCUGGAGAUGAAGAAGACCCGGAACGAGGAAUUGCAGAAGAAACUCGCAAAUGGGCAGCAGAAUGUUGAAAAACUCAACGAGAAGAUCAAGGCUUUGGAGGAGGAGAAGUCCAGUCUCGAAAAGGCAGUCAAAGCCGAGCAGGCUGCUCAAUCUAAAGAGAUACAGGCCGGAAUUCAGGAAAACAAGAAGUUGAACGAGCAAAACGGCACGUUGAAGAAUAGAAUAGAGACUCUGGAGAAGGAGAUUACGUCAGCAAAGGCCAAAAUAGCGAAUAACGACAAAGAGAUGGAGAUGCAGAUGGAGAAACUGGCGCAGGAUCUAUACCUCCAGUAUUCGGCAAAGCAUGAGCAGAAGGUGGCGACUCUGAAGAAAGGAUAUGAGAUGAAGUGGAUGGGAAAAGUCAAAAAAUUCACCAGAGAUAACGAUGCGUUGAAGCGUGAGAUUGCAAGUCUUAAAAAGAGACUUGAGGUGGAGACAAAUGAAAAAAAGCAGCUUGUUAAGCUCUGGGAUGAGUAUGUGAGUCUUGAAAAGAAGGGGCCGAAGAUGAAGAGCUAG